GCGGGACUGACGCAGGAAGCAGAAGUUGAUUUUGUCUCAGAGAACCCGGAAGCCGGAAGUGCGGGCGGUUACCAGGGAGACCGGAGCAGUGAGUGCGGGAGGAGAGGCCGAUGUCUGGGGGGUCGGAGGAGAAGAGGAGGCGGCAGAGCCCGAUAGUGUUCGGCCUGAGGACGCUCAUCGCCUGGAGGUGGCGCUAUGGGGGCGGAGCAGAGCUCUGAGCCGGAUGUCAGGCAUGGAGAUGUCAGCUCUUCUGCUAACCCCUCCCCGGCCAAGCAGAGAGCCAAAAUGGACGACAUUGUGGUGGUGGCUUCUGGCACCCAGACACACCGCAACGUGACCAAGGACCCUGAGGUCAUCAAGCUGCAGGAGAUCCCAACCUUCCAGCCCCUCCUGAAAGGUCUCCUCAGUGGUCAGACCUCCCCCACCAACGUCCGUCUGGAGCGGUUGGACUCACCCCAGGUCCUCCAGCUUUGCGUCCGGUACCAGGACCACCUGCACCAGUGCGCCGAGGCCGUGGCCUUUGACCAGAAUGCCCUGGUAAAGCGCAUCAAAGAGAUGGAUGGCUCGGUGGACACCCUCUACAGCUACAUGCAGGAGCGGCAGAAGCGAUUCGCCAAGUACGCAGAGCAGAUCCAGAAGGUGAACGAGAUGUCGGCCAUCUUGAGGCGCAUUCAGAUGGGCAUUGACCAGACGGUGCCCCUGAUGGAGAAGCUGAACGCCAUGCUGCCCGAGAGCGAGAGGCUGGAGCCGUUCUGUAUGAGUCCGGACCGGGAGCAUCGGCACUGAUCUCCAGUGCCCCCAAUAUACUGCCUGCUCCAUCUGAACAUUACCCGCUUGGAGCUAUCAAUACUGUACUGCGGAGUUUAACUACACCCAUCAUCUCCCUCCUGAGGUUCCCCUAAAGCUGUAGGGUAACAGUGCACCCCACAAACCUAUGUAAGACCCUAUAGAAUGAAUACAAUAUUUAUUAUAGAA